GAAGAAGAGGAAGAAGAAGAGGUGGAGGAAGAAGAACCAGUUGUAGAGGAAGAUAAAGAACCUUCAGAUGAGGGCGAACUUGUAGAUGAAGUAGAAGAGGAACAGGAAGAAGAAGAAGAGUUAGAUAAUGAAGAAGUAGAAGAGGCAGAGUUGGAAGAACCGAAUGACGAAGAAGAUGGAGAAGAGGACCCUGCAGAAGAGCAGGAAGAGUCUGCAGUGGAAGAAGAAGACGAUGUAGAGGAGGAGCAGGAAGAAGAAGAAGAGUUAGAAAAUGAAGAAGAGGAAGAGGCAGAAGAAGAAGAUGAACAGGGGGAAGAGGAAGAAGAAGAGGUUGAGGAAGAGGAAUCCGUUGUAGAGGAGGAGUUAGAUGAUGAAGA